ACAGAGUUAUUGAACCGAGCAAUUGCUAGUUACAGUCACUGAGUGAGGUUGAAAUGAUGAACGCUCGCUUCUUGCCACUCUUAGCAGUAAUAAUCUGCUGUACGGAAUGUGUCUAUGUGCCGAAAGUUCGUAUUUUCACACCAAGAGUUCGCAAAUUCUCCAUUCCCAAGGGAGAUGAUCCGGGACAGCCUUUGUUCCUCUCUCCGUACAUCCAAGCGGGACAGAUCAGUAAGGCUCAGAACUUAGCCAAGGUUACGCCUGAUAUAGGCAAUACAACAAGUUACUCAGGUUUCCUAACUACCAACAAGAGUUGCGGCAACAAUCUUUUCUUCUGGUUCUUCCCGGCUCAGCAAGAUUGGGAAAACGCUCCGCUAGUCCUCUGGCUACAAGGAGGUCCGGGCGGAUCCUCCAUGUUCGGAUUGUUUGAAGAAAACGGACCAUUUAACUCUUUCCCAGAAGGUUUAAAAACAAGGAAGUAUUCUUGGAACGUAAAAAACAAUUUGCUUUUCAUCGAUCAGCCUGUUGGAACCGGUUAUAGUUUUACCACUAACAAAUGUUACGCUGAAAACCAAACUGUCAUCGGGGAAAACCUCUACUCAGCGCUAGUUCAGUUUUUACAGCUGUUUCCAAACUUGCAGAAGAAUAAGUUCAUUGUAACUGGUGAGUCUUAUGCAGGUCAUUACAUACCGACAAUCGGAUACACGAUUCACAAAAACAACCCUUCUGCACAGCUGAAAAUCAAUUUGGCCGGAAUGAUGAUCGGUGACGGCUGGACUGAUCCUAGAAACCAAAUAAACUACGGCGACUACCUUUACGAAACUGGCCUGAUAGACUAUGCGGAGCGAGAAGAAUUCUAUCACUACCAGAAGUUAUUUGUUAGUCAAGUUGAUGCAGAACAGUGGUCCGCUGCUUAUGACUCCUGGAACAACAUUCUUGAACUGUUCAACAAAUACGCGAGUGUUGAUGUCUACAACUACCUGCCUCAAGAACCUGAUAGAAGCAACUGGGAUGAAUUCAUUCAAUCAACAUCUACUCGUAAGGCAAUCCACGUUGGAGCUCUGGAAUUUGAUGAAGAGUCAAGAGAAGUUUACAACCAUCUGACAGAAGACAUGGUAAAAUCCGUUAAACCUUUGGUAGAAACACUUCUGGAGCAUUACCCCAUUGUCUUCUAUGUGGGGCAAGUGGACGUGAUAUGUGGAUACCCUAUGGUGGUCAACUUUCUGAGAUCUCUAGACUGGAGUGGUCAACAACACUAUUUGAACACAAAAAGAAGCAAAUGGUUUGUGGGGAAAGACGUAGCAGGCUACAUAAAGGGGACGCGUCGUCUGUACGAUGUACUGGUUAGGGAUGCUGGUCACAUGGUCCCCUCAGACCAGCCACUCUGGGCCUUUGCAUUGGUCAAUGCAUUCACAGCCAACCCUGGGGCUCUUUCUCUACCUUCCUCUCCUUUCAACAACGACACCAACGACAUUGUGGAGUAAAAGAUAAAUUAAUAAACAUGUGAAGAGACAACAACCAAAUUCCCUUUAUAUUUUGUGGAGUUGAAGUGAAAAAUGUAUCUUAAGGAGGUGAAAAAAUAUAUUCAUGAUUUAAUUAUGUAAUGUGUAAUUUAAAAAAAGUAAAAUAUUGUUUUACUUUUUAAACAAUGCUGUUGAGUAAU